AUGGCAACAGUUCAUCAUUUCUCUCUUCUCGUAAUUCUUUUCCUUUCAGUUUCAAUUUCUGUCCAUGGAAAUGGUUUUAGUAUUAACAUGAUCCAUCGCGAUUCUCCUGACUCACCUUUUUACAACCCAUUAGACACAUUCACUGAUCGAUUUCAAAAAGCCGUUCAUCGUUCUAUGCACCGUGCAAAUUACUUAUCAUCGGCUUUUUCUGCAGCUGGCGGGCCUGGCAACGGUCAUGACACUAUCAGAGCAAGUGUGAUUCCUAAUAAUGGUGAAUUUCUAUUGAAUAUUUCAUUAGGAACACCUCCUCGUCAAGUACUUGCUAUAAUGGAUACCGGUAGUGAUCUUACUUGGGUUCAAUGUAAACCUUGUUCACAAUGCUAUAAGCAAACUACUCCAAUCUUUGAUCCAAAAAAAUCAUCAACCUACACAAACGUUCCUUGUGCUUCACAAACUUGUGAAAGAUUUCACGAUGUCACUUGUCAAGGGAAGCUAUGCCAGUAUGGUGUUGCUUAUGGAGAUCAAUCUUACUCUGAAGGAAACCUUGCAUUUGAAACCUUAUCAUUUGAUUCAACAAGUGGUCGAUCCGUUAAACUUCCGAGAAUCGCAAUUGGUUGUGGUCAUAACAAUGCAGGAACCUUUAGCCACCAUGGGACUGGUAUAGUUGGUCUUGGUGGCGGUGGAUUUUCUUUAGUAUCUCAAUUAGGUUCAAGAAUUGAAUCAAAAUUCUCUUAUUGUCUAAUUCCUUUUGAUUCUAGCCGCUCCAGUAAGUUGAAUUUUGGUAGUCAUGCUGAGAUUACAGGAAGAGGUGUGGUUUCAACUCCAUUAAUCUCUUCAUCUGAUGAAACAAAACAAACUUUCCAUUAUUUGUCCCUUGAAGGUAUCAGUGUUAACGAAAACAAGGUUCCAUUCCAAAGCAGCAGCAUAGAGGUUAAUAACAAAGGCCGUCACCAGAAACAAGAAGUGGAAGGUAACAUUAUAAUCGAUUCCGGAACGACUUUAACUCUUCUACCGUCAACAAUGUAUACAGAGUUUGAAUCAGAGAUUAUGAAAGCGAUCGAUGCUGAGCCGAUUGCUGCUCCUGAAGGUUUAAGUUUAUGCUACGCAGACAGUCCGAGUUUGUCACUCCCCAACAUUACCGUUCAUUUUACAGAUGCAGACCUUGAACUCGAACCAAGAAAUGCUUUCGCUUUAGCUGCCGAUGGUGUUGUUUGCUUACUGUUCGUUCCUACUGAAUCUCAGGCCAUUUAUGGGAACAUUGCUCAGAUAAAUUUCCUUGUCGAAUAUGAUGUUGAGGGCAGGAAGGUUUCUUUCAAGAAAACUGAUUGCACCAAGCAAAGUUAG